AUGACGUCGGCCUUCCCCACCCUCCCCACCCGCCGCCCCACGCUGCCCACCACCACCGCCCCCAAGCCCCCCUCCAUCUACCUCCGCACCUCGACCUCGGCCGCACACAGCUCCGUCUCCUCGCUCAACAGCCUCUUCAACCCCAGCAGCGCCACCAUCGCCGCCCGCGCGCCCGCCGACGCCGACGCAAAGUCGCUGAUCCUGCGUGCGUUUGUGCCGCACGUGGCCGUGCAUGUGAGCGAUGACACGAACGCGCUUGCGCGCGAGAAGGGCUUUGCCGACUUUAAGGACAUGCUGCGGCCCUAUGGCGAGGAGAUCUCGGGCCGCGUGACGGUCAGGGAUAGCCAGGGGAUUAGCAGCAGCUAUGAUGAUUUUGGGAUGCGGUUUGUGGCGCUGGCGGACGUGGCGGCGGGGGGGGAGAAGUGGGAGACGGGGCUGGCGAGGGCGGCGGCAGCAGCGAUGGCGGCCGGAGCGGGGGAAGGAGGAGGAGGUGGUGGAGGAGCGGGGGGAGGGGAGGGGGAGAAGAGGAAGGUGUGGGUUGGGGGGAGUAUUGAGGAGGUGGAGGAGCUGGUGGGGUUGCAUAUGGAUCGCGAGCUGGCGGGGACGGGGAGGGAGUUUUAUAUGCUGUAUUUGAGACGGCUGUUGAGCGCGCUGCCCGUGGCCCCGCAUGAGACGUUCUCGCACCCCGUGGCGUGUGUUAUUGCCAUCUCGUCGAGGAAUACGACACCGAUUGAGACGCUGCGGAACCUGUAUACGUCGGGGAGUAGGGUGCAGCUGCCGGCGUAUGUGAAUACGGACUAUCUGCGGUACUAUGUGCUCGUGCACGACGAGGACCGCGACGAUAUCAAAAAAUCCAACAGCCUCUUUGACCAAAUGAAGAAGCACUUUGGCCUCCACUGCCACCUCCUGCGCCUCCGCUCCGGCGGCCGCGCCGUAAUAUCCGACGACGACGCCGUCAUCGUGCCCAAGCCCAACUGGAUCUCAGCCGCCGAGGAGCUCGCCUCCAUCACCUCGACGGACGCCGACUACUCGGACGACCAGCCGGCGCUCUGUCUCCCCGACAGCGACGCCGCCGCACUCACAACCAUGAUCCGCGAGAUGGCGCAGGUCUCCAUCAUCCCGUUCAUGGAGCGGUGCGUCGCCACAUGGAACGACCAGGUUGCGUCCCGCCGCCGUGGCCUCUCGGGGCGCUUCCUGAGCAUGAGUAAGAGGUAUUUUGGAAGUAGUGGCAGUAGGACGAGUACCAGUGCGAGUAAUUAUGACCCGUUGUCGGCGAGCUAUCAUCCUAGCACGCCUGAGGCGCAGAUGCGGAAGCUGGCUGAUUAUGCCUUCUUGUUGCGCGAUUGGCGGCUUGCGAAUGGCGUGUAUGACCUCCUGCGUACUGACUUUGGAAAUGAUAAGGCGUGGAAAUACCACGCCGGCGCCCAGGAAAUGACCGCGAUAUCACUAAUCCUCACGGGCACGGGCCUGACCACCAAAGUCCGCGCCGACCAGAUCUACCCCCUGCUCGACCUCGCCGUCUACUCGUACCGCUCGCGCUGCAGCAGCACAUACUGCGCGCUGCGGGCGCUGCUCGUGUCCGUCGAGCUCUUACGGCUACGCGGCGGCGGCGCAGCCGACGAGGCAGCGACAUGGGCGAUCCAUGCGCGGGACAUGCACGCGAACCCGGGCAUCGGGCACGCGCUCGUGACGGAGCGGGUCGGCGCGUGCUACAGUGUGCGCGAGGGGGUGGGUACAGGGGCGUGGGGGGCAAGGCGGCGGAAGGCGGCGAUGUGGCGGAUGCUGGCGGCGGGGGAGUGGUUGGCUGCGGGGCGGGGCGCGGUGAGUAGGGCGUGCUUGGAGGGGGCGGUGGGGGUGUAUGAGGGGACUGGAUUUGGCGGGGUGAGGGCGUUUGUGGAGGGGGUCAAGAGGGGGAGUGGGUUUGGGGGGGUGUUGGUGGAUAGGAGGAGUGUGGGGGGGAAGGCGGGGAGGGAGCUGUUGUUGGAGUUGGGGGAGGGGGGGGCGAGGGUGGAGGAUGAUUUUGUGGAGAAUUAG